AUGAAUUUUAGCAGUUUACUUCUCAUUGUGUUUCUGGGCCUUUUUGAAAGAUCUCACUCACAGAAUGUCACGAAACUGGAUUCUCGUAUCAUAAAUGGCGUAGACGCCCCAGUGAAUAGCACAAAAUUUCAAGUUUCUAUUCGGCUGAGGAAAAAUGAUGUAGCUUUUGGUAGUGGACAUAUCUGCGGCGGCUCACUGAUAGGACCCAAUAAAGUACUAACAGCUGCGCAUUGUCUCUACAAUUCGGAUAGAAAACGCUAUCGCAAAGCGAGUGAAUUUAUUGUAGUACUGGGCACGCAGAAUCGAUACGUACAAGUCAAUGGCACCAUUGUUUCGAGAGUCAGCUCCAUUGCGUAUAUGAACUCCUUCAGUAUGGAUACGAUGCGUGACGAUGUUGGCUUAAUGUUCUUGCAGACUGGUUUGCCCGUGAAUAAAACACAUCUAACAGUGGCGCCAAUCGUACUGAGUAAUUCCUCAAUAUCGGCGGGUACGCAAUGUCAGGUGUCCGGCUGGGGUAGAACUGAACAGGGCACGCUGUCCAAUAACCUGAAGAUGGCCAAUGUGAGUAUUAUACAGGAAAGCAUUUGCAAGGAAUCUUAUGGCAGUACGUUGCUGGGAGGAAUGUUGUGCGCCGGUACUUUGCAAGGUGGCACCGACUCUUGUCAAGGAGACUCGGGUGGCCCGCUUGUAUGCGGCAAUGAGCUGGUUGGCAUCGUAUCUUGGGGUGUUGGCUGUGCGCAACCUGGUUUUCCUGGAGUCUACACGAAUGUGAGCUACUACCGGAAUUGGAUUGACAGCCGCAAUGAUGCGACGAUAGUGGGGCUGAAAUUUGGUACUUUAACGUUAUUUAUUUCACUGGUAGUAGGCAUUUUUUUUAAAUAA